AUGUCUCAACCACAAAUCGGUUCUUCAGCAUCUUUCCUACCUCUACCACAUUUCUUUGAGAAGGAGUGGCAAGUGAUCCGUCACUAUUUGACACCCUUCGCUACCAACAAGUCUCAAAUACAUUCGAUCAAUGAUUUUGUUCGGAUCGUAAAGGAAUUGGAUCAAGAGGUCCGAACCACAUCUCAUCAAUUCAAAGAAGACAAAGAUCUCGAGAAAACCAAUCAAUAUGAAGAAGAGUUAGAAAGUUCAACGGAUUAUCAUUUUCAUAACAUUUCAUUUCUUUUCAAGAAGGGUGGUGAUGGUAAAGGAGAACAGAAAUUUUGUACAACAAUCUUUCCAAGUAUUGUGAAAUGGGCUUUGCAAGUUCAAGAAUUAAUUCCUGAAGGUUAUUUACCAAUUUUAGAAAUUUCAAAAGCAUGCGAAUUGAGUUUAACGCGUAGACAAAUGCGGUCUAUUUUAAGUUGUGCUUUUUUGUGCUUGUUUCAUAAGAGAAAAGGCAUGCAGCAUCCAAAAUGUCAUGAUUUUGAAUUUGGCCUGUUUUUGAGUGUUGCAAGCUCUACCUUCCUCACAUCACUCAUCAAUUACUUUGACAAGCAUUGCCAAUUGGAAAUUUCUUCUCAGGGAGAAGCUGUCCUCAAUGAAAUCAUGAUUAUAGAAAGAAGAGUGUUACAAAUGAAUGGUGUGGAAAAUUCAUUACUAAACGAUCCAAGAACCAUGAUUCCUCUCAAAUUUGUCUCUGGAAAAAUUCAAGACAAUUUAGACACUCUCAUGGUUGAUUUUGCUAAUUGCAUGAUUGGUGGUCAUGUGUUAUCUGGAGCGGUUGCACAAGAGGAAAUCAUGUUUGCUGAAAUUCCUGAAUUAUUUAUUUCAAUAUUGGUUUGUCCUCAAAUGCAACCCAACGAGACGAUUCGAAUGGUGGGUUGGAGAAGAUACUCCAACAUUAAGGGUUACAUUCGAAACAUGUCUUUUGAAGAUUAUGAAGACAAACAACCCUUAGUAAUUGAAAAUGUUAAAAGCAAUCAACUCAUUGCAAUGGAUGCUUUGCAAGGAAUGGGACGAAUGCAAUUCCAAAAAGACUACAUCACAAGAGACUUGCUCAAAGCUGUGUGUGGAUUUGCAAUGCACUCUUCGAAGAAUAUUUUACAGCCUUACACUGAUCCUUCUGUGCUCUCAAAAAUGAAUGACACGAUACCAGUGGCAUCAGGAUUUUGGGGGUGUGGUAUGUUUGGAAAUGACAAGUAUUUGAAAGUGAUUCAGAGUUGGAUGGCAGCAACCAUUUGUGAUCGCCCUUUGAUUUAUAUUCAUACGUUUUCACCAGAUGAUGCUAAAAUUGAAGAAGAAUUUAAUAGCAAAGUGGUUCCAGCAAUUGUUGAACGGUCUGUAACACUUGGAGAGCUACUUUCCUAUGUGUUAUUGGAAUUUCCAAAAGAAAAGAGAGAAUAUCCAGAAUUGACUCUUUUUGAGGCUAUCAAACUAAAGUUUCUGAAUUAA